UAUAUAUAUAUAUAUAUAUACACACACACACACACACACACACACAAAAACAAAACACUUUAAGCAUUCCUAAAUGAAGGAGUACAGAACAUCGGUGAGCAGUGCUAGAGCGCUACAUAAUUCUAAUUUAUAGUGCCGUGACAGCUUUUAAGAAGUGAAACUUUGUUACGGAAUUUUUACCUAAAGAAACUGUAAACCUGCCUUUUAAUGUUAUGCAGUACACACUUUUCAUAGAUUUAGCAAUGAAAUGCGUGAAGGAAACAGUACAACAAAUUGAUGAACAAAAUUGAUGAAAGCAAAAGAUAAAACUGCCCAGUGUUUAAAUGAACAACGUCUUAAUGCCAAGACUGUACUAGCGGUACACUAGAAAAAAGGCAAGUAACAUUUUACACAGAUGGUAUAUAGUGGACGCACAAUAAUAAUAAUAAUAAUAAUAAUAAUAAUAAUAAUAAUAACAGAGAAUAUGCUGUGUCUUAAACUACUGGUCGUUUCAUUGGUGAUACUGAAUAUAUGGCUGCUAAAUUCAGUUAAAUCAGACCGUGUCAGAAGGUACAACUACAAGCGGGCACUAGCUUUGAGAGCCGAUCAAAUCCAUGCCUCCAUGUCGGGUGAGAAGUGCUGGUCGGCUAGCACUUCCUGGCAGAGACGUUCGGUGGCUCAACAUCACCCCCUUGGGGCCUAUCCGAGAAAUCGCGCCGAUCCAGGAGUCUACAAAAACAAACCUGUUGCUGGAGAGGUGAGGGGAUCCCGCACAUUGGAGCUGGAGAAGAAUAUGAAUGCACAGCACCUGCAAAAAGGCACUUCAAAAUCUGACGUUAGGAGUGAGAGGAGACACAAAAGUGAAAUCCAGAGUUUAUACCUUGGGUUUGGGAAGGCAAAAACAUCCCCUGAACAGCCAGGUCAACACACUAGUGAAGAUAAUCACCCCUGUGAAACAUCUACAACUGUUCAAUCACCUGUCGCUGUUACUGGACCUAUUGGGGUGUUGGGGGAUCCAAAAGAAAAAAUGAAUACUGACCCCCUUGCCCACACUGCAAAGCCAGAACAGCACCCUAAAUCUCUGUACAGGACUAGAAAGAAAAGACUGCCAAGGAACACAAGAUUACUCCAUGGCAGGAGGCCCAGAAGUCUAGCAGGGGGAUUUGUGGAGGAUGAGUUACAGGGCUAUCCUAGGAGCAGGGUAUUAACCCACAGGGGAAGGCAGACAUUGAGACCCACAGAUUACUCUGCAGCGAAGGAGGAUUAUUCAGGAGAGCAUGACGAGUCCUUUGUCCCUAGCAGUGAGUAUUGGGGCCCAGGUUCUAGUGCAGGGUCCCAGAGGCACCUAACAACCAUGUACUUUUCGGGCAAGAAGGAACAAGUGAAAGUCCACCCCGCCUCAGAGUUGGAGUUGCCCCGCUCAGAGUUCACUGUGGAACUGUGGGUGAAGCCAGAGGGAGGCCAGAGAAACCCAGCCAUUAUAGCAGGGAUUUUCGACAACUGCUCCCACUCGCUGAGUGACAAGGGCUGGUCAGUGGGCAUCCAGUCGGUGGAGCCUUCCAGCAGGAAAGAUGCCCGCUUCUUCUUCACCAUCCGCACUGACCGCUCCAGCAAAGCCACCACAGUCAUUGGGCACAAGCGGUACCGUGCCAACACCUGGACACACCUGGUGGCUAGCUACAAUGGCCAGCAGAUGACUCUGUAUGUGGAUGGUGCCAAGGUUGGUGAGAGUUCUGGCCAAUCGGGCGACCUCUACAGCCCUUUCAUGAGUGCCUGCCGGACAUUGCUUCUGGGGGGCGACCAGUCAGAUCUCGGACACAACUUUCGUGGACACCUUGGAGGGAUUCUUCUCUGGUCAGUGCCUCGACCCCAGAAUGAACUGUCUGGUGGCUACUACGAAGCAAGGGAUGAUGAACCCUUUCUGGUCCUCAAGGCCGAUUUUUCGAAAGCUGAAGAGCAAUGGAUGUCAUACAAAGAUGGUAACCGUCCCGUUUUAGAAGCCAUUUCAUAUCCAGGAACGGAGUUUGUGUCCCCCUUCCUUCCUCCACCAUGUGGGCUUACAGUCUGCGACAAUACAGACAUCAUCCUGAGCUACAACAGCCACUGGUCACUCAGAACUGAAAAACAUAUCCGUUACAGAGUGGUUAACAUCUGUGAGGAUGAUGGAUCUAAUCCUACUGUGUCACCAGAGCAAAUUGCCCACCAGCAUCAGGCCCUCAACCAAGCUUUCAGACUGUACAACAUAACCUGGGAACUCACAGUGCACCAGGUGCACAAUUCCACCCUCUGGCAACGCAUCAUCCUGGGCAAUUGCGAGACCAGCAAGAUUGGAAAUGACCACUGCGAUCCUGAGUGUGACCACCCAUUGACCGGCUAUGAUGGGGGAGAUUGCCGCUAUCAAGGUCGCUGUUACACCUGGAAGAGGAGGGACGGCAUUUGCAACAUGGAGUGCAAUAACAUGCUGAAUGAUUUUGAUGAUGGUGACUGCUGUGACCCGGAGGUGACCAAUGUCAUGAAAACAUGCUUUGAUCCUGAAUCGCCACACAGAACCUACAUGAGUGUGAAGGAGCUGAAGGAGGCAUUGCAGCUCAGUGGGUCUGAGAAUCUCAAUGUGUUCUUCGCAAAGAACUCUGUCCGAGAAGAGCUGGCAGGGGCUGCCACUUGGCCCUGGGCUAAAGAGGCUCUCAGUCACCUGGGUGGAAUGGUGUUAAAUCCUUCUUAUUUUGGGACUGUCGGGCACACCAAUACCAUGAUUCAUGAGUUGGGACACAUUCUGGGGCUUUACCAUGUCUUCAAAGGGGUCAGUGAGCGGGAGUCCUGUGAUGACCCUUGUCGGGAGACCAUACCCUCCCUGGAGACAGGCGACCUCUGUGCUGACACAGCGCCAACGCCCAAAUCCAAAGUCUGUCGUGACCCAGACCCUGUCAAUGACACAUGUGGCACAACACUCUACCAGGGAACACCCUUUGACAACUACAUGAGCUACACAGAUGACGACUGUACCAAUAGCUUCACUCCCAACCAGGUGGCUCGAAUGCAUUGUUACCUGGACUUGGUUUACCAGACAUGGGUCCACAGCAAAAAGCCCACCCCUAUCCCUGUUUCUCCUUUUGUGAUUGCGCAAAGUGCUGAUUCAGUGUCCAUUCAUUGGCUGCCUCCUGUGAGUGGGGCGCUGCAUGAGAGAGAGGAGGGGACAGUAUGUGGGGACUGUGAUGAAGAUGGAACAUUUCGUCAGUAUGCACACACUGCAACUUCAACCCGGAUCUGUGACUCCUCUGGAUACUGGACACCCGAAGAGGCUGUGGGCCCACCUGAUGUUGACGAACCUUGCGAGCCCAGCCUUCAAGCCUGGAGCCCGGAACUGCACCUCUAUGAUGCCAACAUGACCGUGCCCUGUCCUCAACCUCAAGGCUGUGCUCUAGAGCUCAAUUUUCUCCACCCUGUCAUUGCAGAGAGCCUCUCAGUGUGGACCACCUAUAUCUCCACAGACUCCUCUAGUGCCAUCUCGAACAUUGAGGUUCUCACUGACGAUGGGGAACCCCACGAGCUGGGUCCCCUGCACACAUUCUGUGACGUGCCGCUCACUCUACGCAUCAACACCCGAAAGAAGGUGACUGGUGUGAAGAUCUACACCUUGGAUGAGAAGAUGGAGAUCGACGCUGUCCUCCUGAGCUCUCGGUCCCGGGACCCUAUCUGCUCCAGCUGCUGGCCACUCCGCUACCGAUUACUGAGAGAGCCAUCUUUUCCUCAAGGGCCAGUGACACAAACAGAGCGAACAUUUACAGAUAAGGAUGUGACCCCAGGGCAGGUGUACAGGUACAAGGUUCAGGUUGAAGCAGAACAGGCUCUGAGUGUGCCCUCUCCAGUCUUGUCCUAUGUCCAUGGCGCCCCCUACUGUGGAGAUGGGCAAGUGCAACGAAUGCAGGGAGAAGAAUGUGAUGAUGGCAAUCUGCUUGAUGGGGAUGGUUGUUCUAAAAAAUGUUACAAAGAGGCAGGAUUCAACUGUGAAGGAGAGCCCAGCCAGUGCUAUGUGUUUGAUGGUGAUGGUCUGUGUGAGGAGUUUGAGAGGGGCUCCAGUGUGCAGGACUGUGGAGUCUUCACCCCACAGGGCUUCACAGAUCAGUGGGCAGCCAAGGCCUUUGCCUCCCAUCAGGACGACACCAAGUGCCCUGUGCUAGCAGUGAAAGGAGAACCCUCACUCAACCAGGUGUGCAAGUCCAAAUUUCUGGAUUGGAACGGUGGUUUGUCACAAUACGCCUGGUUUCCUUGCACUGCCGACUCUGAGGGACACUCUGACUCUGACCAAGUGGAGACGGUGUGGCUGAAGGUGUAUUUUGCCCACCCUGCAGUGGCAACUUCAGUUAUUAUCUACUUGGCUUCAGAUGGUUCUAUGCUUGGAGAUCAGAGAAGGAAAACAGUGGUGAUCCAACUCAGCGAUACAAAUGGGAAAAACCAUACUCAAGGUUCAUACCAGCUGUCUUGCCAGCGGAACCCACUUGUCAUCAACAUGACCCACAACCUGAGUCUCCCAUUUUUCCGGACUGCCUCAGUCCUCCUGAACUUCUCAUCUCCGUUGGUGGCUGUCUCUGGCAUUGCACUGCGCACCUCUUCCCAUUUUAGUGCCCUUGCCCUGAACGGGUGCGCUGAGGGUGGGGUCUUCAGUCAGCAAAAACAGAUUUGUGUGCGGAAGUCCUGCAGUGCUGCUAAGUGUAGCUCCCCGCAGAUCCAACAAGCCUCAGUAAACUGCUCCCACGAGGAGGCUCAGCACCUGAAGUGCACCAUAACCUGUAAUCAAGGGCUCACGCUGAAAAUGGUUGGCGGCAUUAAUCUACAUCCUAGCCAGAAGGAGACUGUCCUGGAGUGCAUGCAUGGGAAAUGGGACAGGAAUGUGACCUGCGAACCCAUUGACUGUGGGGUUCCUGAUCAAUCCCACGUCUACUUCGCCUCCUUCUCCUGUCCAGGGGGGACCAUGUUUGGAAAACGAUGUUCCUUUUCCUGCAAUUCGCCGGCUAAAAUGCAAGGAGGGAAGGAUUGGCUGGUCUGCCAAGAAGAUGGACUGUGGUCCUUCCCUGAAGCGUACUGUAAGCUGGAAUGCACUGCUCCAUCAGCUGUGCCCAAUGCUAAGCUUCUGGUGCCUCGAUGCCAACUAGGAGGGCACGAUGUAGGAUCCAUCUGUCGAUACAUUUGCAAACCCGGGUAUUAUGUCACAGGCAGCCCCAACAAGAUGCCAAGGAAGAGAUUCCUGAAGAUUGCGUGCCUGGAAGGAGGGCAGUGGGAGGAGGGGGGCUGCACCCCAGUUGUUUGUACUCCCCCUCCCCUGGUGUUUGAGGGCAUGUAUAGCUGCACCAAUGGUCUGGGGUUUGACAGCCAGUGCACCCUCAACUGUCCUGACCCAAGCGAAAGGCACACAAUUCGCUGCACUAAAGAAGGUGAAUGGACUGAGGAGUUCAAACUAUGUAAAAAGCUGCAGGGAGUGUGCCCACCGCCUCCUGAAUUGAACCUUGUGGAGUACAGCUGUGAGCAGGGAUACAGUGUGGCUGCUGUAUGUUACCCAUUGUGCGUCAUCUCCCUGAGUGACCCAGUGUUACUUCCCAAUAACAUCACGGCUGACACAAUGAGUCAUUGGAUGCAGCCAACACAGGUUGAGAGUAUUGUGUGCACAGGACUGAUGAGAUGGCACCCGGACCCAAGCCUCAUUCACUGCAUACAGUCCUGUGAACCUUUCCAGGGUGAUGGUUGGUGUGACACUAUAAAUAACCGGGCGCACUGUCAGUAUGAUGGAGGGGACUGCUGUCCUUCAACACUUUCAUCUAGAAAGGUUAUUCCAUUCGGGGCAGAUUGCGACCAAGAUGAGUGUACAUGCCGUGAUCCAAAUGCUGAGGAGAAUCAACAGAGAACAAGGCAGUAGAGUGCUGGAUUCCCCUAAAGCAGUUACAAA